AUGGCGCGACCCAGACUUGCAGCCAUUACUUUCCUGGUUUUGCUUGUUCUUGACCUAUGCUUUGCGGCUAGGUCGCCGAGAACGUUCGGUCGAGCAGGCGGGGGUGGUGGAGGAGGCGGUGGGGGCGGUGGGGGCGGCGGAGGAAAUGGUCUCUCCGGUGUAGGGUCAGGUUCAGGGUAUGGCUCUGGCCGUGGUUCUGGAUACGGUGGAGGCCGAGUAGGAGGGGGUGGAGGUGGAGGUGGAGGUGGUGGUGGCGGUGGCGGAGGCGGAGAUCUAAGAGCUUUAGGAACAAUUUCGAAUCUCUCCAAAACCCUAGCAUAUGUAAGAGAAAGUGUUUUCAACCGUCCUAGUAGACAAGAUCAAAAGUUUGGAUUCCAUCCCGAUGAAGAUGUUGGCACUUUCAACACCUAG